GUAUUGUUUCGGACGAAUCGUGAAAAUAUACUACAGUGAAAAUGAAAUUCUUCCUUGCCAUCAUGGCGUGCCUGGCCGUUUCCCAGGCUGCCACGCUUAACUUCCAAAGCCCAAUGACGAUGCGUGAUGCUCAGCAAGCCGACAAGAGCUACUCGCGUAUUGUGAAUGGGUUUCCGGCCGCGCCAGGUCAGUUCCCUUACCAGACGUUCCUACGUGGUUUCAACGCUGGUGGCGGUGCCCUAGCUUGCGGAGGAUCUCUCAUCUCGAACGAAUGGGUUCUGACUGCUGCCCAUUGCAUCACUGGAGUCGUCCGAUUCGAAAUCCCCAUGGGAACGAUCAACUUCAACUCACCCGAAGUCAUGGGAACGUCCACCCAGUUCAUCAUUCACCCACAGUACAACCCGAACAAUCUGAACAACGAUAUUGGUCUCAUCCGCCUUGCCCAACCAGUUACCUUCUCUCAAAACAUCCAACCCAUUGCCCUCCCAUCGGCUGAUCGCACCGGAGAGACCUUCCUUGAUGCUCAAGCUACCGUGUCCGGAUUUGGACGCAUCAAUGACAUCCCUGGCAGUGGAGUUUCUCCAACCUUGAACUAUGUUGGCAUCCGUGUCAUCUCGAACGCCCAGUGCAUGCUGGUCUACGGAUCGGCCGUCAUUGUGCCCUCGACCAUCUGUGGUCUGGGAGCUGACGCGAACAACCAGAGCACCUGCAACGGAGACUCCGGUGGCCCACUGGCCAUCCAGGAGAAUGGAGCCAGUCUGCAGAUCGGUGUGGUAUCCUUCGUUUCGUCGGCCGGCUGUGCCUCCGGAAACCCAUCCGGAUACGUGCGUACCACUCACUUCCGCACCUGGAUCAACCAGCAAACCGGAAUUUAAGCUAUGCUACCAUGUGAUUGAUAGUGUGUUUGGAAAAUAGAUGCUAGGAAUGAA